AUGUGUAAAUCCAAGAAAAUGAGCACUCAAGUUAUCGAACCCAAAACCAUGGCGUCUCAAUCCCCAAAACCACUCUCAUCAAACAGAAUCUCCGAAACCUCUGGAUCUCACUCAUCUUCGGAGAAAAUCUCCGAACCCUCUCGAUCUCACGCAUCUUCAAAGAAAAUCUCCGGACCAUCUCGUUCUUACCCAUCUUCGUUCGAACCUUCAACGAGCGUAAACUACACGGCGACUGGUUCAAGCUACAAUGUCCAAGACUCAUGGAUAUCUUCUGUAUCAAGCCGAACCUCCUUAUCAAGCCUACGCGAAACCCUAUCAGAAAACCCUCAUAUUUACGACUUCUCCGAGAUCAGCUCAGCCACAAACAACUUCUUAGCCAAACGCUACUCUUCGUCCUCAUCCUCUGCUUCAUGGCGUUGUACGAUUCGCGGCAAUGAUGUGAUCGUUUUCCAGAGGAAGUUUCGCCGUCAAAUUGAAGUAUCAGAGCUCCGAGAACGGUUGUUAUCAAUUUGUAAGAGUCAUCACACCAGCUUAGUCAAGCUCAAAGGGGCUUCCAUCUCUGGAAAUUAUAUCUACCUUGUGUAUGAUUAUGUUUUUGGUGCGAAUUUGUCUGAUUGUUUGAGAAACCCUCAAAACCCUAAUUUCACGGUUCUUUCGAAUUGGAUGUCUCGGAUCCAGAUUGCAAUUGAUAUAUCCCACGGUCUUGAUUACAUUCACAAUUCUACUGGAUUGAAUUUGAAUUUCGUUCAUAAUCAUAUAAAGAGUUCGAGCAUUAUCGUGACUGAACCGUCGUUGAAAGCGAAAAUAUGCGAUUUUGGGACAUCGGAGCUUUGCGGAGAAAUUGUAAGAAACGAAGAAGCUGAAAUGGCGAAAGAUUCGCCGCGUUCCGGGACAAAACGGUUGGGCGUCAAGAGAUCGGACAGUCGAGAAUUGAAAUUCGAAGGGACGAGAGGGUACAUGUCACCGGAAUUUCUGACCAGUGGGGUUGCGACUCAAAAGUCCGACGUCUUCGCAUUUGGGAUUGUGAUUCUGGAGUUGUUGUCCGGCCAAGAGCCAUUGAAAUACAAGUUUGACGAUAUGGGAGGUGGGUAUACGAGAGUUUCGUUGAUCGACACGGUGAGAGAGGUGGUGGAAGGCGGAGAAGGUGGUGGGGUGAGGAGGUGGGUGGACAAGAGGUUGAAGGAUUCGUAUCCGGUGGAAGUGGCGGAGAAGAUGGCACGAGUGGGAUUGGAGUGUGUGGGGGAUGAUCCGGAUAGAAGGCCGGAUAUGGGUCGGGUUCAAGGUCAGAUAUCAAAGCUGUAUUCGGAGUCGAAGAAUUGGGCAGAUAAGAUGGGUGUUCCCACUGAUUUCAGUGUGUCAUUAGCCCCUAGGUGA